AUGGCGGCGCGUGAUCACCGAGAGCUGAGCAGCGACGAGGACUCCGCGGCGGCUGCGGCCGGGGACCUCCGCCGCGGGCCAUGGACGGUGGAGGAGGACAUGCUCCUCGUCAAUUACGUCGCCGCGCACGGCGAGGGACGCUGGAACGCGCUGUCACGAUGCGCAGGGCUCCGGCGGACGGGGAAGAGCUGCCGCCUGCGGUGGCUCAACUACCUGCGGCCGGACCUGCGGCGGGGCAACAUCACGGCGCAGGAGCAGCUGCUCAUCCUGGAGCUGCACUCCCGGUGGGGCAACCGGUGGUCCAAGAUCGCGCAGCACCUCCCGGGGCGCACCGACAACGAGAUCAAGAACUACUGGCGCACGCGGGUGCAGAAGCACGCCAGGCAGCUCAACUGCGACGUCAACAGCCAGCAGUUCAAGGACCUCAUGCGCUACAUCUGGAUGCCGCGCCUCCUCGAGCGCAUCGGCUCCGGAGACGUCUCUGCCGGCUCCGGGGACGGCGCCGUCGUCAUAGACGCCGUGGCGCACGACGCCGCGACGCUGACGCCGACGCCGACGCCGACGCAGCUCCUCACGGCCGCCGCGUGGCGCGUCGACGACGUCGAGCUGUCCUGCACCACCGCCGUGUCGUCGUCGUCCGUGUCCAUGGACAGCAUGCAGCAGCAGCUCGUCGCCGUGUCCCCGCCGCCGCCGCCGCCGGCCGUGGCCUCCGCCGCCUUCGGCGAGAGCAACAACGACGCCUCCUACUACGGUAUCGACAACAGCAACGCUGCCAUGUCCAUGUGGGACACGCUGUGCCAACCACCGCACUCGACGACGGCACAGCUGGCGAGCGCCGGGACCUGCAGCUGGUCCGACGAGUCUCUGCUGGUCGUCCCUUCUGGCCUCCCAGGCGGCGGCGGCGGCGUGUACGCCAACAUGGGGUUCCCGGACCUCUGCGACCCCGACACCAUGUGGACCGCCGGCGUCUCCGGCGCCGACGACCUGUGGUACACGCAGAUAAUGGGGCUGUGA